AUGAGUGGGCAUACGAAAGCACCGGCGUCAACGGCUUUGGGGGAAGCUCAGCGGCUGCCAGCUACCGCACUGCACAGUUCGGUGGAACCGGUGGUGACAGACAGCGUUACUGGCGAAACCAAUGAAGCUGUGUGCACAGCGUUGCACGCUGAAAGACCGGGCUCACAGAGGCUAAAGUCUGGUGGUGAACUGCUGGGCUAUAAUUCAGCGGUAGGGACGCUGCUUCGUUUGAUUGCAAGGCGGAACGUGUGGUCGUACGGAGAGUUGACUGCUGCGCUCGGGAUCAGAGAGCGUUCCGAGCUCGUAUCGUUGCUGCUCACCGCAAUAGAAAACGGAGUCAUCUGCGGUCAAAUUGACUCUGAGCGUGAGGUGUUUACAGUGCACGGCGUAGAGGCGAGUGCGCAGGUCGAGACCGAGGAGGUGCAGCUUUUUUUGCAGCGACUCGACGCUUGGGAGCAGCGCAUUCGCCGUGUCCGCUCCGCUAUACAGGACGCAAAGCAGCGCUGCAGGGAGUAUGCAGAGGCAAACGAAUGGGUCAUUGAAGAGCCUGGUCGUCCUCGAACGGCGAAUCAAGUCAGGAUAGCUGGGGUGGAAGCUGUUUCGGAGGGACUGCUCGCAUCACCGGUUGAUAGCGAUAUGGAAGUCGAUUAG